UGCCUUAAUUGGCCUGAAUGGCCGCCCUUUCCGAGCAGAGACGCACGCUGGAGUCAUCAAGUACGUCGAGUUGAGCGUAAUAUCCGUUUUAAUCCUGCUUGUUCGUGAGAAUUACCAGAAAGCGGACAGUCGAGCGAAAUCUAUAAUCUCUCCAAAUCAAAAUGUUGAUGCCAAAAAAGAAUCGCGUGGCCAUCUACGAGUACCUCUUCAAGGAGGGAGUCAUGGUAGCGAAGAAGGAUUAUCAUGCAGCGAAACAUCCAGAACUGGAAAAUAUUCCGAAUCUUCAAGUGAUCAAGGCUAUGCAGUCUCUAAAGUCUAGAGGAUAUGUAAAGGAGCAAUUUGCAUGGAGACAUUUCUAUUGGUACCUUACAAACGAUGGUAUCGAGUACCUGCGUGGAUACUUGCAUCUGCCGCCUGAAAUCGUGCCCUCCACUCUUAAGAAACAGCCGAGAUCCGAAACUACGAGACCGAGACCUGCCGCAACUAGAAGCGAAGGCUCGAGACCAACGGAAGAUCGUGCGGGAUACAGACGAGGACCGGGCGGUCCUCCAGGUGCUGGUGACAAAAAGGCUGACGUUGGCGCUGGUACCGGCGACCUCGAGUUUCGCGGUGGCUUUGGUCGUGGAAAAGCCCUUCAGUAACUUUCUCUUAAGUCAAUAAAUCGUAAGAUACAUGUUCUAAAAAAGGAAAA